CACCCAACUUUUUAAUAUGAGAGUUUUAUAAAAUAAAUGAAAAAAGAUUAGAGUUUUGUAGGUAUAAGAAGGAUCGUUAUCUAAUUGCGUUGUUUCGUUCUUCUUCUUCACGGUGAGGCUUACGCUUUGUCCAAAAUCACUGAUUUAACAAAGUAUCGCGGGGGAAAGAGCUCCACGUGACUAAUCCGGACCCGGGCUUGUACCUACGUGACUAAUCCGGACCCGGACUCGGAGGCGACGACACCGUGACCCCAGGGCGUUUUUGACUCCCGGGAUCAAACCCGGGUACUAGCCGGUUCCGUCCCUUUUUGGAGAAAGCUCAUUUGCCAGCCAACCCUUUGAGGAUUGUUUUUUAGGUCUAGGUAAGAUGCCGCCGUCAGUUACAUGGAUGAAAAGAGGAGAUCUUGUUACUUACAAAAAAGUAACAACGAUUGCUAGAUCCCGAAGUGUAAAUGAUGAACACGGUGUUCUUGAGGUUUGGUCAAUUGACCAAAAAGAAGUUGAACUUCACCAUGAUAUAAAAAUACCAUCGUCCCCACUCUGCACGGCUUGGUUUGGUCUCAUCUCCAAUGGAUAUGAAGAUGAAGAAACAGGUAACUUAUUAGCGGUUGGAACCAAGGAUACUUCUAUUAUUCAAAUUUGGGACCUUGACAAUAUUAAUGCAGUAGAGCCCCGCUAUAUCCUGGGUGAUACUAAUGGACACACUGACUCGGUACUUGCCCUUGCAAUCAGAAAACCUUUUGCUCUUGCAAGUGCUAGUGCUGACAAACUUAUAAAGAUCUGGGACUUGAUCACAGGAACUUGUAAAAUUACCCUGGAACAUCACUCAGACAAGGUUCAAGCAUUUGCUUGGAGUGAUCACAUAGUACCUUUAUUUAUUAGUGGUUCCUGCGAUCGAAUUGUUGUUGAGAAGGAUGUGAGGAGUCCAACACACACCCAGAUUUUAGUCACAGAUAGUGUAGAGAGCUUGAUUUGUCAUCCACUCUCUCAUGUGGUGGGCCUUAAAAAUGGUAUGGUGGAGGGUUAUGAUAUUCGUAGCCUGUCUUCCCCACUUUUUACCCUUUCUGCACAUGAUGGAUCUGUUACAUCAGUAUGCUACAAUCCACAGCACACCAAUAUUCUUGCUACUGCAUCCUUGGAUGGAACGGUGAAGCUUUGGGAUUUGUCCAACAACCAGCAAACUUGUGUAGCAUCUAAAAAUCCCGGAGUAGGUGGUAUAUAUUCUAUUUCUUUCUCAGAGGAUAAUCCCUUUAUUAUGGCUAUAGGUGGGGAAUCAGGAAAACUGCAGAUAUGGGACACAUCUUAGAAUCAACAAGAAUCUCCCCAACAGAAGAUACAAUAAUCUCCCAAGAAGAAUUGCCUAGCCUCAUCUUUUUAGUAUUUGUUAUAUAUUAUCUGAUUUUAUUCAUUAUGUUUAUAGCUUAUAUCUCAAAGUUGUGACCAAUUUGUGAAUUUGUGUAUUGUUUGUUUUUAAUUUAUGGACUUGGUAACAAA